CAAGAGCACAGCUAAUCGAAGAUGGUUGGUUCUAUAUCUACAGCAUCUUCCCACAGUGGAGGUGAUGGCACUCAAAUCAUCCUGUUUUAUUCUCAAUCCCUUUACUCCACUCCUGUACAAGACCACCUUCCCGUCUUUUGCAAGGACUGAGAGCAAUCGGCUCUUCCGACUAGAGCUUCAGCAACUAUAUUCAUCCAGGAGAAGAUCACCAACGCAUCACAACAAUGCUUUCCAAGCUAUAUUCGCCACGUGUGGUCAUCAUUGGAGCUGGUAUCGUCGGCACCAAUGUUGCUGACGAGCUGGUUGCACGAGGAUGGACCAACAUCACAGUGGUUGACCAAGGACCUCUAGAUAUGCCUGGAGGCUCUACAUCACAUGCUCCUGGACUUGUUUUUCAAACCAACGUUUGCAAAACGAUGACCUUAUUCGCACGCUACACAGUUGAAAAGUUCAUGGCUCUGGAGGAGGAUGGUCAGAACUGUUUCGACCAGGUUGGCGGCCUUGAAAUCGCCACCGAUGCCGCACGCAUGGCGGAAUUGAAGCGCAAGCAUGGUUAUGCACAAUCUUGGGGCAUCGAAGCUCGUCUGAUUACCCCUGAGGAGUGUUUGGAGAAGUACCCGCUGUUGAACAAGGAACAGGUUCAUGGCGGUCUUCACAUUCCUACCGACGGACUUGCAUUGGCUGCUCGUGCUGUUCAACUCCUCAUCAACCGUACCCGCAAGGCUGGCGUACAAUAUAUCGACAAGACUCCGGUGACUGGUAUCGCCCGCGCUGAUGGCCAUGUUACCGGUGUAGAGACACCAAACGGUACCAUCCCAGCCGAUAUCGUCGUCUCUUGUGCCGGUUUCUGGGGCGUUGAGAUUGGUGCCAUGAUUGGCCUACCUAUUCCUCUGCUCCCUCUGGCUCACCAAUACGUCAAGACUACCUCCGUACCGGCACUUGCUGGUCGCAAUAACCCUGAAGGUGGUGCAUCGUUGCCUAUCCUGCGUUACCAAGAUCGGGAUCUAUACUACCGCGAACACGGCGACAAGUACGGUAUUGGAUACUACGGCCACAAGCCCAUGCCGAUCGUAGCUUCAACUCUGGGUGUCACACCCGAGCACGUUGAUCACAAGAACAUGCCCUCUCGUCUUGAGUUUACUCGCGAAGAUUUUGAGCCUGCAUGGGAGCUGUCCAAGAAAUUCUUGCCUUGCAUGGACGAGGUCGAGAUUGAGGACGGUUUCAAUGGUAUCUUCUCCUUCACACCUGAUGGUGGCUCUCUCGUCGGCCAAGCACCAAACCUCGAAGGUUUCUUCGUUGCCGAAGCUGUCUGGGUUACACACUCCGCUGGUAUUGCUCGUGCAGUAGCAGAGGUGUUGACUACUGGAAAGAGUCAGAUUGACCUUGGAGCUGUCGAGUUGAACCGCUUCGAGGAGGUCCAGCUGAGCAGCUCCUAUGUCAAGGAGACUUCAAUGCAGAAUUUUGUCGAGAUUUACGACAUCAUGCAUCCGCUCCAACCCCGAGAGUCGCCUCGCAAUCUUCGUGUCAGCCCUUUCCACGCUCGCCAGAAGGAGCUUGGCGCUUAUUUCCUGGAGGGUGGUGCCUGGGAACGUCCCUACUGGUUUGAGGCUAACGAGAAGUUGGUCAAAGACUUGCCAGAAGAGUGGAAGCCAAAGGACCGCGAUGCAUGGUCUUCGAGGUACUACAGCCCGAUCGCCGCUGCAGAGGCUUGGAAGACUAGGACAGCCGCGGCAAUGUACGACAUGACACCGCUGCGUCGCUUGGAAGUCUACGGACCCGGUGCUGUGGAGCUUCUGCAGCGUGUGAGCACUGGAGAUGUCGGCAAGAAGCCUGGUGCCGUCACAUACACACUUUUCCUUGACGGCAGAGGUGGUAUUCGCAGUGAUGUGACGGUUGCUCGCAUCGAAGACCAGCUGUUCCAAGUCGGCUGCAACGGACCCGUCGAUCUUGUAUAUCUCAACAAGGAGGCCGCAAAGCAGAUGCAGCAAGAUCCUACAAAAUGGGUCACAGUACGUGACAUCACUUCUGGGACCUGCUGUAUUGGCCUCUGGGGACCUAAGGUUAGAGAGAUCAUCAGCAAAGUCAGCUCAGACGACUUCUCAACAACAGCAAAGGGCCUUCGCUACUUCCGCACCAAGCGUGCCAGCAUCUCCGGUAUCCCAGUAACUAUUAUGCGCUUGUCGUAUGUAGGAGAGCUGGGUUGGGAGAUUUACACGACAUCCGACCGCGGCCAAGCGCUCUGGGACGCACUCUGGGAGACAGGUCAAGAACAAGGAGUCAUUGCGGCUGGCCGCACUGCCUUCAACGCACUCAGGCUGGAGAAGGGAUACAGAUCUUGGGGCUCAGACAUGAACACCGAGCACGACCCUUACGAGGCUGGCGUUGGCUUUGCCGUCAAGGCAGGAAAGCUGGGCUACUACGGUCAAGCUGCUCUCGAGGGACGCUCAGUGGAGACAUCCAAGAAGAGACUGCGCUGUCUUGUCGUCGAUGAUGGUUCGUCGGUGGUCCUUGGCAGAGAGCCGGUGUUUGUCGGCGGCAAGCCAAGCGGAUAUGUCACCAGCUCUGCGUUCGCAUACACAAUCGGCAAGCCCAUAGCUUAUGCAUGGUUGCCAAGCUCGAUCAAUGAGGAGGACAAGGUUGAGAUUGAGUAUUUCGGCAAGAGGAUCGAGGCUACGGUCACUGCCGAACCACUAUUCGACCCUUCGAUGUCACGUCUGCGUGGUUGAUCGGGCUUCUAGAAGUGAUAAGGUUUUAUUUAUAGCAUAGACAUCCCGGCGCACUUUAAUGAUCAAGCA